AUGAACCCUAUGAUAACUUUCUUUCCUGGAUAUUUAUUUAUACCUUUAAUCAUUUUUGGAAGUGCGGCACAAAGUAAUUCCUAUGCUGUGAAUAAAAGCAGAAAUGUUGAAAGCCAUGAUUGGAGCUAUCCUGAUUUCGGAAAGGAACCUAUUCAUAAUACCGGAAGAAGACCGGACAAACUGGCUAUGCAACAUUUUAACCGAGAGCCUGAUCGAAACGUGACUUUAAAGCGCGGCCUGAAAACCUAUCAAAAGCCAUCCGAGAGAAUAACGAGACAUAAAAACAAAUAUAAACCGCCAAAUGCUCUGAGGAAAAAUGUCAGUCCCCAUUACACGGAUGACAGUUCGGAAAGUAAGCACUACCACACUUUUGAGGAAAUUCAUGAGCAUAUAGAUGAAGAGGAUGGACAGUACCAGGCAUCUGAGCAAAUCGGAACCCAAUCCAUUCUGCAUGAACAGGGGGAACAGCAGCAACACUCAAGUAAGAAGGAUAGCAAGCGGAUGAAAGUCAAGAUCAAGCAUCAUCAUCACCACCAUCAUCACAACCACAUCAAGGAAAUGAUUAAAACAGUCCCUCAACCGUAUCCCGUGGAAAAAGUUGUGCACGUACCCAUUGAGAAAAUUGUGGAGAAGAUCGUACAUGUACCCAAGCUUGUAAAUGUAACGGUUGAGAAAAUAAUACAUGUGCCAAUUGAAAAAAUUGUGGAGAAGGUGAUACACAUCCCCAAACCGGUCCAAGUUCCAAAACCAUAUGUGGUCGAAAAAAUCAUUGAGAAAAUAGUCCAUGUCCCAAAACCGUAUCCAGUUCUACGGACCGUGCCCUAUCCAGUGGAAAUCAAAGUGCCCCAGAAAGUGCCAGUUCCCUACAAGGUUGAGGUAGAACGAAAGGUCCCAGUUUACAUUCGAUCAAGUGAGCCAUAUAAAUUCGAGCCAUCACCUUUUGAACACUAUCCCCGACCGGAGGAGUUCAAAUACAAUGUGGAAUUGGAGCAUCCGCCGCCUAGAGAGCAUGAGCCUUCUUCUCUACCAUCAUCAAAUUAUUAUAACAGGGUAUAUAAAUCAAGGGAACUGGACCAUCCCCCGAGGAUAGAAGACUAUCAAAAUACAAUACCAUCGCAGUAUGGUCAGGAAUAUGUAACCAAAAGCAGUACUGAGCCGCAGUAUAAGCAGGAAUACAUGACCAAAAGUAAUCUGGAACCGCAGUAUAAGCACGAAUACAUAGCCAAAAGUAAUCUUGAAACAACUUCUACUGGACGAGAUGCAGUUUCCCUCAAACUUGUGGGUCCCACUACUCAUUUUAAUAUAACGGGAAAGGAUUUGGAGACCGCAAACUCAGCUCCAGAAUUUGUUAAUAGCUCAAAUGUAGACCUAAGUCCGCAGGAAUCGGCUAAUGCCUUUCGCGGAAUGCCUUUCUCCUUUCCAUUCCAAUUUGUUCAGCUGCAACCAAUGGGCUUUCAAAAUGCUAUAAACUUGGAACUACCAGUUCCAUCCACAGCAGCUGAGGGACCUCAGAAGUAA